AUGGCAGCCUCUUCACCGGCUCCGAAUCUUGCAGACGAGUUUGAACUUGGGUGUGCAGAAGACAAUGAAGGUCCUCAUUCUCCCUUAUUGUACCAAUUAGCUGGUCUACACCAAGGUUGUCCCACGGAGUGUUCGGGUCCAAGCAGUUUUGAGAAGCUGAUGAAACCCAUCAAUCAGAUGAUCGAGAAGAAGACCUAUCGCGCACAUUUUUCUGCAGCUCCUCAAGCAGCACACCUUGCCCCACCAAUCACUUUGCCAAUGUUGGACUGUAAAUGCGAUCAUAUCUUCGAGACAAACACACACCAAUGGUGUCUUCCAUUACGAAGACGUGCGGAUGUCUUGGUUACAUUAUACUUCGGACGAAACCACUCUGUGUUUCCGAUCUUACACGAAGAGACAUUCAGAAGGCAGUACGCUCGAAUCUGGGAAGCGGCGCCCAAGACCAGCGGAGCCUCGUCUUUCUGCUCUGGGCUAUGCAAGCAGAAGAGUCAAGGACGGCUAUUUCCAGCCACACUGUAUGCCAUAUUCGCUGGUGUCUCAGUAUUUGAAUCUGCGCAGCUCGAGCAGAAUGCCACCAGAGCGGACGCCUUCUUUCGAGAAGCGCAGAAAGUGGACCUUCUAGAGAUACUUGACAACGAGGUGGGUAUUGAGCUCGUCCAGCUUCUCCUCCUCAUGGGAAGAUAUCUUCAAAGCACGGAGAGAUUCUCCAAAUGCAAGAACAUAUCUGGCCUGGCAAUCCGUCUAGCACAGAACAUGGGACUGCAGUAUAGCACCAGUGAAGCUCGAGCACGGGGCUUGAUCCCAUCCUCCUGCAAUCAGUUGGAGUGCGAAAUGCGAGCACGUGUUUGGCAAGGGUGUGUGAUGCUUGAAAGAGAAAUGGCUUUAUCCUUCGGACGGUCCCCAGUGGGUGCAACUAUUAGCAGAAGAUUUCAGCUUCCGCAAGCUAUCGACGAUAAAAACAUUAGCGAACAAGUUGGGAAGAUAAAUACACAACCAGCGGAUGCUCCUAGUGUACUUGAAGUAUACAUUCAAAUCAUCAGACUCUACGAUAUCCCGGGGCCUCUUCUUGACCAGGAUGAAGUUGGACCGGAAAACGCUCCUGACGACGGCCCCCACAUUGAUCUCCUUUUGAAGCUCGACACCGUGAUAAUCAAAUGGAGAGAUGACUUACCUCAAUACCUUCGAUAUGACCCAUCUGACGAUCAAAAUAGCAGAGAAAAAAGUGUGUUCCCCCAAUCGGAACCGUGUAUGCAACAGCCCUCAAUGUUGAACCACGGCAGGAAGAUAUAUGCAAGAUUCCUCUACAUCCGCCAACUCAUUCUUCGACCGGCUCUAGAAGCGUUCUUCAAGAAGCAGCAAAACAAUCAAGGCUUCCACAAUAGGAUGUCUGGCGAUACUGGGCUAGAGGAUCUCAUGCUUGGCAGAAUUGCUGCCGAAUGUGUCAUGUCUGCGGUGACUCUUGUUGAGACACUCAAUGCUCACAUUAAAAUGCAUGACUUUAUGGCCUGGUGGCUCAACGUUAGCUUUUUGCAUACAAGCGGUAGUACUCUCCUGAUGGGAAGGUUAUGCACCUUCAACGACGCGAGCUUCUCCGCAGAAUCGCUUCUAGAAACGUGGAACAUGUGUCUCAAGAACCUGGCUCGUUAUGACGGACUGAGUAGUAUUGCAAAGAAGUCUUGCUACGUCCUUAAUCUAAGCGCUAAGCGCUUGAUUCCUGGACAAACAAUGAAUGUUCUCAGUCAUGGAGAACCCGGCAUCCAGCAAGAGGAAACGGAUUUCCCCCAGCCAAAUCGUGUGCAAGGAAUGCAGCAAUCGACAGAACAAGUCAAUCCAGCAUCAGUGCUUAGAGUUGCGGAAAGCCAUGGCGCACCGAUGACCGAGGCUCUCGCACGUCAGUCGGACAAUGACGGUCCGUCUUUGGAGCUCACUGUCGCCCUGGACGAAUCGCUGCCCUUGCUGGAUUCGGACUUGGUGUUUGACCACCUACCAGACAUUGAUGACGAAUUCAGCAGCGGUGAUCUUGGAACUCUCAAUUGGCCGUUUCUGCCGUUUCUCUCUCAAUUGGAAGCCAUGUCUCCACCACUUGACUUUUGA